AUGGAACCAGUACUGGGAGCCAUGUCUGAAGGUGAAUGGAGUUCCUUAAGUGGAACAUGUUCUACUGAGGAGGCUAAUUUCAUGGCACAGUUAUUUGGUAGCUGUCCAAAUGAACAACCUAGUAGUUCUAACAUAGGACUUCCAAUUUUUUGGACAAAUCAUAAUGAAGUUUCAAUGUAUUCUUCAGAAGAGACUAAUAAUAGUAGCAUGUACCAUUUCCAAAGUAGUAAUUUUCAACCAAUGUUGUUGAGAAAUAACUCUUCAAUGACAUUGGAUCAGAGUAGUGUGGAAGAUAGAGUGAGUUACCCUUCUCCUCAGGUGCCUCCAUCUAACAAUAUAAUCGAAACGGAUGCAAUUGAAUUUUUGAACAAAGAAGUAAGCAAUGACAGCAUGGAAUCAGAUGAACACAUGCCUGAUGAAUCUGUUCUUCAUGGAAAAGGCUUGCAGCUAGGAAGAGAAUAUGAUCAAAUGCAAGUUCCAGAGCAAUCAGAAAGCUCUAAGAAAAGAUCCCGGUCGCCUCCUGAUCAUGUCCCGAAGAACAAGAGAAGCGUAAAGGCAAAGAAGAACAUGAAGAGCGUUGAUGCUGAUGAGGAGAUUGGAAAGGAAAACAAUAGUAAUAAUGUGCUUCACGGGCAGAGUUCAUUUAGUUGCUGCUCAGAAGAUGAAUCUAAUGUUUCUAAUUAUGAGUUAUAUGGAUUGGCUUCGAGUGAUAACUCAAAAGGAGUUUCUGCUCCCCUCAGCUCUAAAGGAAAAUCCAGAGCCAACAGGGGCUCAGCAACCGAUCCCCAGAGUCUGUAUGCAAGGAAAAGAAGAGAGAGAAUUAACGAGAGAUUGAGAAUCUUGCAGAGCCUCGUCCCUAACGGAACAAAGGUUGAUAUUAGCACCAUGCUUGAAGAGGCUGUUCAGUAUGUCAAAUUUUUGCAACUUCAAAUCAAGCUCUUAAGCUCUGAUGAUCUAUGGAUGUACUCUCCCAUUGCAUACAAUGGAAUGGACAUUGGGCUUGACCUGAAGAUUGGCAUUCCAAGUCCAAAAUCGUAAAUUGAACAUUGAAGCUCAAGGCAUGGUUAAUUGUGGUGGAUUCAGAGCGUUAUCAUACACGUACAAGAUGACAAAUAAAUUAUUGCCAUUUGUAUAAUUGUCUAGUUAAUUAACACUUUAAACUAAAAAAUACUUUGGAUGUCGUGUUAUCCAUUACCAACUUAUCAUUCCACUAAUCAAACAUUUAAGUG